AUGUAUGAUGAUGAAUAUACGAAAGAUGAAGAAGACCCUUAUGUGUUGGAUAUAAGGGAGAAAAGUCAAAGGGCUGGAGACCAGUUCAACAUUGUAGAUGAACCAGAGCAUAGUACUUUACUUGCGUACAAGAAAAUUGGAGAAAUUAGUUAUGCGACAUCUAAGAAUAACAAAAUCAACUUUGAACGUUCGUUUCAGUUGUUGUUUGAUUAUAUAUAUAUAUAUAUAUCUGCGUAUAUACAAAAAGCAAUGUGCAAGAAAUAAUCAAAUUUUUAAAAGGUUUUUCAAUUAAUUUUUAGACUUGCUUUAGAUAGAAAACGCGGCAUAAUGAAAAAAUCUCGGUUUACUGAAGAAGAACUGGACAACAAAGAUGACGAGAUAAUAGCGGGCCAACUUUAUCAGGAUAUGAAACGAAUUGAUGACAGCCAAGUGACAAUCGAAAACAUACAAGGGGACAUUGAGUUAAUCGAGUAGGUUAUUAACAGCUAUCGUUGUUGGUACAUUCUUUGAUCAAAGGUUGUAUGAAGCUCAAUGUGCUUUUUGAUUAUUUUUGAAUUUUCGUGAAUUUUAGAAAAACAUUAAUUUCAGAGAAUUCGAAGAUAUGGACUUGGACCCAAAACUCUUAGCUAACGUCAAAAAACGAUACGUGACUCGACCUUCGACUAUUCAACGUUACGCAUAUCCUUUGAUUCGUGACACCGAUCGAAAUCUGAUUUGCAGAGCACCGACCGGAAGUGGGAAAACGGCCGCAUUUUUAAUACCGUUAAUUCAAUGCAUAGUAAAAAGCAAAGAAAAAAAUAAGCACAAAGAUGUCAAUUAUACUCUACCUUAUGCGAUCAUAAUUUCUCAUACUAGAGAAUUGGCUUUGCAGUUGGCUAAAGAUGCAUCUAUUUUCUGCCAAGGAACAUCAGUCGGUGUGACGUUUUCUAUUGGUGAGGUGGCUGACGAUUAUAGGGACAGGGGAAAAAACGGUGUGGACAUUCUCAUUGGAACGCCUGGAAGAUUAGAAGCAAUGUUUUUCCAGAAUGAAACGGUAAGGGUUUUGCAAUACAGGAAAUAGAAAGAGACUAUCGCAACAUUUACGGCGUUCUUAAUUUUAGGGGAAAUACUCAUUAAGAAAAGCAAAGUUUUUUGUUAUUGACGAAGCAGAUCGUCUGACAUCAGAAUAUACAUUCAGAGCAAUAUGUGGACGCCUUCGGCGCGAAAUGUUGAAGGCCACGAACGGAAAGUCAAGAAUAAUGAUGUUUAGUGCAACGUCAGAUAAAGAUAGAGACGAUGAAUUAGCUGCUAAUGCUGUGCUUCUUAAUAUUGGUGAUGAACAGUUGCCCGUAUUAAGUGUAGUUCAAAAGUUUGUUGAAGUGGUAAGCUUUCUUAAUUUUUUGAAACUUAUUGUUUACAGUGUUUUUUUACUUAAUAUUUUUUAGGGGUUUUAUAAAUGUGUUACAAAUAUCUUGUAUUUUAGCGCAGGGCCAGCAUGUAUUAUACCAAAAGGGAGUUUACAGGCUCGACAAAGCCGACUCUGUAUCAUCCACGAGAUGUGCUUCAUGUCAUUUUACAAUCACGUAGGAAACUGGUCGAUGGAAAAUACAGGCUAGACAAGACAUUGCUUUUUGUUAGCAAAAGAAGGCAGGCGGACGCACUGGCGAUUGAUUUAAUGAAGGCUGGUUACCAGGCAAUAUCGACUAACGGUGCUAUUCCUAUGAAUGUACGGAACAAAACGGUAAAGUUUUUAUUUUGUUUGUUGAAGCUAUGCUUUGUUCGCAUUUGAACCUGAUCAUAACCCAAUUUAUUUUGGUAAUUUUAGCUCGAGCAGUUCAAACGUGGAGAAAUCGACAUUAUUGUGUGUACAAACGUAUUGGCUAGAGGGGUAAACAUUCCAAAUGUUUCACUUGUUGUCAAUUACAAUCUUCCACAGGCUGGACUUGUAUACCCUACUGAGUACAUUCACCGACUGGGUCGAACUGGACGAAUGGGUAAUCCUGGGGCGGCUAUUUCGUUUUUCGACCGUGAAAAAGACAGGGAUUUUGCUACAUUUUUGGUAAAACAUUUGGAAAAAUGUGGGGAACCAAUACCAAAGUUUAUUCAAGAUUUUUUGAAUGAUGAGCUGGAUACUUUCCAAACGGAAUGGUUAAAGAAUUGUCGUCGAGAAGCAAUAAAAAACGACCCUGAUUACAUUGUACCACAUCAUUUUGUAGAGGAUGCUGAAAAUAUUACUUUUAUUUAAAAUACGUUAUAUUACCUUCCGUUUUGUAUCAAACUUUACUUAUUUCUUAGCUAUGGGUAGUUGUUAUUAUAUUUUUUAUAUUUUAUUAUUAGUGUUAUUUUAACCAUAUGAAAUAAUUAAUAACUGUUAUUACCGUGCUGUAAUUAAAAUGUUUACCUUUUUUUAUUAUUAAAUAUUUUUAAACAAGAAGAAUUUGUAUUAUAUGCAUUGGCCACAUUUGAAAUACAACGUUUGUUUUAAUUUAACGCCGUAUAACAUUUCGACGCAAAGUGCGUCCGAAGAAGAUUUCGCCAAAAAGCUCUUUUCUGUUUAUUAAAGCUUUAUUAUUUUGCAGAAGCAGCAGUUUAAUUUCUGUAGUUGUAUUGCCUAACUGCUGAUAUGGAAUUGGCUAAAAGAUGUGGUUUGUUAAAUUUGAUUUGUUCAGUUGUACGUUUAUUUUAAUUUUUUUAUAUGGAUACGUUGAUUUACAUGGAUGACAAACAUAUUUUUUAGAAUAAUAUUUCUUAUGGUUGUGUACAAAUCAGUUUUUUAAAGACUUAUUGAAUUGACUUUUUUAAAAAUGAAAUUUUUAGAUAGUGUUUACAUAG